AUGAAUCGCUUUUUGGACAAAUUGAAGAGCCGAGACAGCUCUCCAGCUGCCUCAAGCGACAACGAGGCCCCCGCCCAUGACGAUGACUCACCUGAAGCCAAUCUGGCUCGGGAAUUGAAAACCUUUUGCGAAUCCAACACCAACCCAGAGGAAGCGCAAGGAAAUGAAUUUGUCCACCUCCCUCGCAUCGUUGAACUCGCCGAGUCUAGCCCCGCCGCUGCCAAGGAAGCCGCCUACCGUAUUCGCAAAUACCUGAAAACGCCAACCAGAAUCUCAAACCAUGUCCAGUACAAUGCGAUUAUGGUCGCCCGCAUUCUGGGGGACAACCCAGGUCACACCUUUACCCGCAACUUUGAUACCAAAUUCGUCACAACCAUCAAGGAGCUACUACGCUACGGUCGAGACUGGCACGUGCAACACUACCUGCGCCAAUAUCUGAUCACCCUCGAGACUACCAAGCAAGACGAUGAAGAUCUCCAGGAGCUCCUGCAGAUGUGGGCUAAGGAGAAAACCAAGGGCGACCGGUCCUUUACUGAUCGCUUUCCCCAAGCGAGACAUGGGUACAACGCUCAGAUGGCCCCGGUCCCGCCACCGCGCCCGGGCGCCUAUGGCCAAGUACCCCCUCCCUCCGCGUACGUCACCUCUCCAGGUGAACUGGCGGCACGCGUGGAGGAGGCACGGAAUUCUGCGAAAUUGCUCACGCAAUUCGUUCAGAUGACACCCGCAGCAGAGAUGGACGAGAACGAGCUCAUCAAGGAAUUUACCGAUCGAUGCCGAACAUCUUCGCGACUUAUCCAAUCCUAUAUACACGAGAACAACCCCCCUCCAGACGAGGACACCCUUCUUACCUUGAUCGAAUGCAAUGAUGUAGUCUCCGUCGCGCUUUCGAACCAGCAGCGUGCCAUGCUGAAGGCGCGCCAAGCCAGAGGCUCGACAAGUCCUCCUGUCAAUUCUAAUGCCGGGCCGACCGUUUCUCCGGUCAUGGCAUCAGGUGCGCGCCAGGAGGCGACCACAUCACCUUUGAUUGAAUUGGAUGAUACGGGCAUGACGAAUGGUCGUAUCAACACAGUCAGAGAUACACAUGAAGCAUACGAGUACCAGGCAUCGGACUUUGAAGUUGGGAACCCUUUCGCUGAUAAUCAUGCUACACAUGAUUCUGGUGCGGAGCGGAAUCGAGUCAAUGCUGAUUAG